AUGUGGGCGCGCGCAGUGCCUAUAGUCCUCUGGGGCGACGAGGGCACGCACAACUUCAAAAGCUGGAUGCUCUUCAGCUGGAUGCUCGAUGUCAGCCUAUGGCGGACCAACUCGAAGGCCUCGCGUAACUUGGCGUUCGCCUGCCCCGUGAACAUGUACCGCAGCCACGAGAAGGUGAACCAGACGCUCCAAGCUUUGCUGCAGGCUGUAAAGGCUGACCUGGACGGGCUGGCAAAAGGACUCGAAGUCUGCGGGGAAGUUUGGACCUUCCACGUGGUGGCCUGCAAGGGCGACCUCAAGUACUUGGCGCAGUCGCUGAACCUCACGCGGUUCCCAGGCUGUGAGGAGGUUUGCUUCCGGUGCCUGGCGUCGAUGGGCCGUCAAGACCCGAGUUUGGUGUACAUGGACCUGUCGGAGACCGCUGCGUGGCGCACGCGGCCUGCGCCAGAUCCCUGGUCUGAGCGCCCGUGCCUCUCCUUACUGGAUGGCUUCAGUCUGCGCAUGGUCAGCACCGACUGGAUGCACACCUGGCAUUUAGGAGUAGCUCGCGAUCUUGUAGGUGCUGCGAUGAAAAUCUGCUUGAAGUCGCAGUUCUGGCCUGGUCCCAACUUGGCCCGGCGGUUCAGUGCAGUGCAGCGCAGGCUGAAUGACUUCAAGGCCCAGCACGGACUGCAGAUGCACUUGAAGCGGCUAUCCAAAAGCCGACUCGCUUGGGAAGAUGGCACUUGCCCUGAGUUCAAGUCCAGCGCGGCAGACACUGGCGUGAUGAUUCGCUUUGUGGCCAGCGAGCUGUCAGAUCGUCUGCCCCCAGAGCCAUAUGAAGGCCUUGCAGCUUGCGCCUGGUUGGCAGAUCAACUUCAAGAAGCUGUCAUGCGGGCUGGCCUUUUCCUCUCUGAUUCCGAGGUGGAGCAGACCUUGAUGUAUGGCCGUGCGUUCCUGGCGUCGUACAUGAAGCUUGCUAAGCUAGCAAAUGUUCGUCGCGAGCUCUACUUCAAGGUGCGGCCAAAGUUUCACUACUUGACUCAUCUGAUCGAGGAUGUGCAGACACGUCCGUCCAGGCGAAGCUUGGGCUGGGACUCUUGCUGGAUUGACGAAGACUGGGUCAAGGUUGGCCCAAGCGACUCGUUGACUGCGCUGACGGACACCGUGACCGUGGACUGCAUCUUGCGAGUGCCCAAGAAGCUGCCGAACCCUUUGGAUCCGGAGACCUGCCAGCUGAGCCGCGAGAGCCAUCGCCGACACGUCACGGCUUUGGUGGGCCUGGCGCUCAAGGUGCCCGCCUUCGAGGUCUUCGCGGACCGCCAGCCAGUAGAGUGGGGCCUCACAGAGGUCAUCGAGCACUCCCUCAUCGCGCAGGAGCCCCUGCCGACCAGCGGCCCCUCCGGCUCCUGGCUGCAACUCACGGAGGGCGACUCCAACGGCGGAGGUCUCGGCGGUUGGUGGAAGCUGGUGGUGUUGGAGCCGGGCCAGCGACAACGCGUGGACCCCUUGGCCAUGGACAUCAUCGUGUGGGUGGACCACGAGCCUUCAGCGCUGCCCGACAUGCCCCGGCCCAGCCCGCAGGAGUUGGACCGGCUCUUCGCAGAGGCGGAGCUCUCCAUCGACCAGGGCGCCAAGGACCGGGAGCUGCGGAUCAAGGAGCUCAUCCUGGCCUUGAAGUCGGAUCUGGUCGCGGCAGUGGCCAGCAACAACGAGGCCGAGAUGGAGGCGGCAGUGCUUCGCGCACGAGAGGUGGAGCUCCCGGCGAAGACGGAGGCUGUAGCAUGCCUCGUCACCUGCCGCCUGCUGGCGGCGGCGGACUCAGGCGUCGAGUCAGAGAUGAGGAACGCCUUGCGCUUUGCGAGGGAGAAGGGCAUGGAGAAGCUAAAUGUGUACAAAGAGGUGCUGGAGCUGCAGAAGCGGCUCUAUGGCCAGCAGCUCCAGCAGCGCCUGGCGCUGCUGGCAGCGGAGGAUGCAGCCUUGGCUGACCUGGGCGCUGUGUACCAAACCGCCGCAGCGCAUGGGCUGGACGAGGUGCAGAGGCACGCCCUGGCGCUGGGCGAGAAACGCCUCGCCGGGCCCCUGCCGGCCCUGGCGCAGCUGCGCUCCGAGGCCCAGGCCUGCGGCUGGCAGGCCAUGGAGCAACUCUGUGAGAAGCAGAUCCUGCGGGUGACUAUGGAACUGGCACUGGCGCGCUGCGAGGACAGCGACGACCUCAGCACGUUGCGUGCCAUCGAGUUGCGGGCGCAGCAGGAGGAUCUCGCAGACCUGGCGGCGCGCGCCGCAAGGGCUCUUUGGGUUUGCGACGCUGCUUCGAUGGCUCAAGACUCCAAGCCGGCAGAACGCCGCAAAGUGGAGAUGCCAUGCCUGAUCAUCAUCGGACCUGGCGGGCGGGCAGAUGAAGUCCUUGCCAGACGCCGGGUUGAAGCUGGCGGACGGCUGGCGCACAUUUUGAUCACAGAUGAUGAUGAGGUCACAGUGGAGGAUUUACCUACAUCUUCACUCGGCUCAGAAGGCUUCCGCUCGGGGGUCUUCUUGUGGCGGCCCCCACACAGCUCGGAGCCCAUCUCCAAGCUGGGGCACCGCCUGGGCACGAAAAGGCAGACCUACUUCACCAAACUGGGGCCAGAUGCCAUGAGCCUGACCGGCCGCAUUUGCCAAGUUACUUCGGAGGAGGGCCAGUUGCGACACGUGCGCGUUUGGGAUGAUGAGCGGCUGGUGGUGGAAAUGUCCGGGCACGUCGUGCUGAAUGCGGACAUGCAAGUGGCUGAGACCUUGGGUGUUGAAGUGAGCGAGGAGCAGCUCAAGGCGUUCGGCACCUUUUCCACGCGCUGGGCGCUGACGAGUUGCGCGGUCCACUUUGUUUUUCUCUGCGCGAGAUGGGCAAUUUCCAUUCGCAUGGAAGCAUCAGCAGAAAGUGGGCAGACCCCAUGGUGGAGAACCUUGAUUGAUUUGGCAAGUGGGCCUGUCCUGGGCCAGUGGCUGAUCCAGGACAUGUUCUCGGUUUCCAUGUCAGGAGAGCGUAUUGGACAUGCGUAA